AUGGAUGCGUCAACUCACGGCUCCCCAGCCGCGUCCAUGAGGUAUGUCGUUGAGGCAAUUCAGCCUCUAGAUGGAUAUGUAGUUCCUAUCAAGUCCAUCCAAGAAGUCAACCCACCUGAAGAUUAUGAUGAUGCUUAUGUCGCUGAAGUCGAUAUCAAAUCCGCUUCCAGAGUGAUCAAAGCUCUCGAUGCUUCGUUCCCUCGCGACGCUUCUGCCCUCCCACUCAAUCAUCUGCGCCGCUUCUGCAAGCGCGAAAAUCUGCCAGAGCCAGUGAGGCAAUAUGUAGAUACAACCUAUCCUCAGAAGACUUCCAUGGCACCAAGCAUCUUUGUCUUGCUUGGAAUUUCUCUUCCUGAUAUGGAAGGAGUGCGCGCCUUGCUCGAGCCGUUCAUCCCAGUCCCUCGUCCUCGCUCCCGUGCUUCACAGGAGCCGCAGGAAACGGCCUCAACCCCCAGCACCCCAGAGCAAUCACCAGAGCUUCUUAUUUUCCGCACCAAAAUCCCUAUCUAUCCACCCUCAAGCACCGAGGUUGCCAACCUAUGGAGCCAAUCUCUGUGGCCAGUCACCUUCAAUCCUGCAGCUUCUCGAUCGACCGUCGCACCUAAUCCCCAAACUCUCAACCGUGACCAGAAGUCCAUCGAACCUCGUGCUGGAUAUUACGUGUCUCUCGCACGAGAGGUCGCACUAGAGGCAAAGCAGUCAGGCCGCGGACGCGGCGUAGGCGCCGUGAUAGUCGACCCCCGAAUCGAAGCGCAGAUUGACGAGAAAGCUUGGGAAGAAGGCUACGAUAGCCGAGAGCGCUGGCCACAGGCCGUUGUCGCUGUUGCGGGUGACUGUCGCUUCGCACGAGCUGAAGCUGGCGGGCCAUCACAAAGUGACCGACAUGAUAAUGUCGGUCCCAACCCGGCAUGCGAGACGUACAACUCCGACUACGAAGGUGGUCCAGACCUGCACGCACUAAUGCGCGCGGUCGAAUUGGUUGCGCGGUCGAGGAGAGAGGCCCCGGAAAAUGAAACCGAUCACGCGGCCAUGGCCUGCCAACCUGUUGUCCACACGGAUCCUCAACUCUCAAAGCCACACCAGCUCAGCGCCCUGGAGAGAUACUUCCUCUACGAGGUCGGGAGUCAUGUCAUCGACGAUGAGUCCACCUCAUACCGCCCUUCGCCCGACACGAGUUGCCAAGUCUCGCCUCGAAAGAGGAAGUUCGCAGCGCCGAACCCUGAGGCAGCCGCCGAGUCCCUCGAUGCCCUAGCAGAGACUGAACUGCCACCAUCAACCUCUCUCCCCGCCCCUCCUCCCCCACCACUUGCGAGCCUUCCCCCGCCUCCCCAAGAAGCAAGCGGGGAGUCGGAGGGGCGUUCGCCCACUUCCCGCAUUCGAAGUCGGGCGGAGGGCGGAUACCUGUGCACGUCUCUGGACGUGUACCUCUCCCACGAGCCGUGCAUCUGCUGCUGCAUGGGCCUCCUCCUGUCCAGAUUCCGAGCCGUUAUCUACCCGCGCGCCGGCCGUCUGAAGAGCGGUGGUCUUGCUUCGGGCCCCAUAGAGGCCCAGAAGGCCGUCCUAGCGAACGGAGACGCCAACGCCAACACCAACGGUAGCCAACCAGGCGAGGACCGGGAAUACUACGGCCUCCACUGGAGAAAGGAACUGAACUGGCGCGCCCUGGGAUUCGAAUUUGUGGAGGACGAGGCCGACGAGAACUUCCCUCCGGAGGAGGUCGCCUUCCACGCCUAG